UCUAUAACCCCCCUCCCCCGUAUCCUGGCAUGUGCAACACGGGAUCUUGACCUUCUCGCAACGACCCCCUCCAACUUGUAGAACUCCAAAGUCUCCGUUCUUCCCUUCGACAUCCCACCAUUCUAAUCCAAGCCGCCCCGCAAUCCCGCUGAGGAAUCACCACCAAAUUCGACCGACCGACCGCCUUCAUUGUUCGCACCCCCGCCAAUUUGAAAAUCAAGCAAUCGACAUCACAUACGGCUGCGAACCUAAUCACCACCACUGCCGCCGCCCACGACCCCUCACACUCCACAACAACAGCCCACCAUGCCUGGCCCCGUAGACCCAAAGACACCGACCGAAUCCUCGCCGAGGCAAUCGCCUCGCAUCGAACUCCCCGAGGAAGACGAGACCUCCCUGCGGACGGACGGCCAGACCAGUCCCGGGUUGAGGAACAGCAAAGGAUGGGACGGAAAGCUAAGAGUCCAGCGCACCGCCGUGCUCGCCAACCCCGAAGUCCUUUCGGAUCCUGAAUCGGAUGACGAGAACGUCAUCCCCGGCGAGGAGCUCCCCGCUGACGAAGAUCUCCUCGACGGCGAAGACCCAGAAACCGACGAGCUCAUUGUCUCCCACGCCCGCGUCUCCUCCAUCACCGCCCUCCGUCUGGAGCGCUUCCAAAAGGUCGUCCGCCUUUGCCUCCGCCAGAACUCGAUCCAGUCCAUCGAUGGACUCUCGCCCCUCGCCUCAACUCUCGAGGACCUCGACUUCUACGACAACCUCAUCUCCCACAUCCGCGGCCUCGACGACCUCGUCAACCUCACCUCGCUCGACCUCAGCUUCAACAAGAUCAAGCACAUCAAGCGCGUUAAUCACCUGACGAAGCUCAAGGAGAUUUUCCUCGUCGCCAACAAGAUCAGCACUAUCGAGAACCUGGAGGGCCUCGACAAGCUCACUUCCCUCGAGCUCGGCUCCAACCGCAUCCGAGUUCUGCAGAACCUCGACUCUCUCAAGAACCUCGAGGAGCUCUGGGUCGCCAAGAACAAGAUCACCGAGCUCACCGGUCUCGGUGGCCUCUCAAACCUGCGCAUCCUCAGCAUUCAGUCCAACCGCAUCCGCGACCUUGCCCCGCUCGCUGACGUCCCCAGCCUCGAAGAACUCUACAUCUCCCACAACGCCCUUACCUCCCUCGCCGGCAUCGAGCGCAACGAGAAGCUGCGCGUCGUGGACAUUUCCAACAACGCUGUCGCCAGCAUCAAAGGCCUGGGCCCCCUCAAGAACCUGGAGGAGCUCUGGGCAAGCUACAACCAGAUUGCCGACUUUAACGAAGUCGAGAAGGAGCUGCGCGACAAAGAGCACCUCACGACCGUCUACUUUGAAGGCAACCCUCUGCAGCUCAGGGGCCCCGCCGUGUACCGCAACAAAGUCCGUCUGGCCCUGCCUCAACUAUCCCAGAUUGACGCAACCUACGUCAAGACAUGAUGAUUCUGGAAAGUCUGCACUCUGGCAUGAUUCUUAUAAGGCUGGCCUUACGAGGCUGGCAUGGCGUUACACGGAUUUUUCAUUAGAGCACGGGUUUGGCGAGGUGGGUGAGCAGAAAUCGGCGGACAUAUAUGGGAAUUUUCAAUACUCGGGAUACCUCUUCGGCACGACGUGGCCGCGCUCGUUCGGGGAGCACGGGGGACGUGGUGGGAAGCAUUGUUCAAUGGGCGGGCGGCUCUUCUGGCUUUUAACGAAAAAAAGAAAAUACACUGCAUGCCUGUGCGAGCGGGCUCAACAACAUUUU